CAGGACGAAGCCUACCCCAUAACAACAUAACUCCAGGAGGCAAGAUCACAAGAAUCAAUCCCUUAAAGUCUUCUUCUCAAGCUUAGUAAGACAGAUCAUAGAGAGAUGGCAAGUGGUAUUCUGGAGGUUGUGCUGGUUGAUUGCAAAGGCAUUCGAGAGAAAGAAUUCUUGGUGAAAAUGAAUCCAUUCGUUGUGAUUCGAUAUGGAAAUCAAGAGUGUAAGAGCAGCGUGGCUGGAGGGGAAGGAAAGAAACCAGUAUGGAACGAGAAAUUUACGUUCAACGCUGAGUACCCGGGUGGUGAAGAUCACAAAUAUAAGCUUACUUUUCAUAUCAUGGACAAGCACAAGAUCUCUGAUGAUGUUUUUGUUGGCGAAACCACAAUAUAUGUUAAGGAUGUUGUGUCGCUAGGGAUGGAAACGGGAAAGGCUGAACUUCGUCGAGGCAAGUAUAGGGUUGUCCUUCCCGACAAGACUUAUGCCGGAGAGAUUUGUGUUGCAGUAAAUUUCACUUCAAAUGUCUAACUAAAUUUAUUUAUGAUAAUGCUACAUGCGCAAACUUAUUGCGGAGACACUUUUUGAUUGGCACAAUAUUAUUUUUAUUAAGAUGGCCUCUACUAUCAUCAAUAUUAUUGUAUACCAAUCAUAACCUGUCACCUUAAUAGUUAUGAAGAAUAUUAUGGAAUUUAUUACUGUCAUUGAACUUAUUGUUUA